AUGCCGCUCCCGGACGGGGCGCGCAGCCCGGGGGACGUCUGCAGGGGGGCGCGGGCGGGGUCGCGUGGGGGGGGCCACACCAACCGGACCUUCGUCUUCGACGACGGCCGAUGCGCCCCCAGGCAGCCGGGCGCCGGGGACGGCGUGCUCCUGGACACCGCCAGCCUCAAGAUGAGCGACCUAGACUCGGAGGUGCUGCCCUUGCCGCCGCGGUACCGCUUCCGGGACCUGCUGCUGGGCGACCAGUCCUUCCAGACCGACGACAGGGUCCAGGUGGAGUUCUACGUCAAUGAGAACACCUUCAAGGAGCGGCUCAAGCUGUUCUUCAUCAAAAACCAAAGAUCCAGCCUGAGGAUCCGGCUGUUCAACUUCUCCCUGAAGCUGCUCACCUGCCUGCUGUACAUUGUCCGGGUCCUGCUGGACGACCCGGCCCUGGGGAUCGGAUGCUGGGGCUGCCCGAAGCAGAAUUACACCUUCAAUGAAUCAUCCUCCGAGAUCAAUUGGGCGCCCAUCCUGUGGGUGGAGAGGAAGAUGGCUCUGUGGGCGAUUCAGGUCAUCGUGGCCAUAAUAAGUUUCCUGGAGACGAUGCUGCUCAUUUACCUCAGCUACAAAGGCAACGUCUGGGAGCAGAUCUUCCGCGUCUCCUUCGUGCUGGAGAUGAUCAACACGCUGCCCUUCAUCAUCACGAUAUUCUGGGUGCCACUGCGGAACCUGUUCAUCCCCGUGUUUCUGAACUGCUGGCUGGCCAAGCACGCCCUGGAGAACAUGAUCAACGACUUCCACCGCGCCAUCCUGCGGACGCAGUCGGCCAUGUUCAACCAGGUGCUCAUCCUCUUCUGCACCCUGCUAUGCCUGGUCUUCACGGGGACCUGUGGCAUCCAGCACCUGGAGCGAGCCGGUGAGAACCUGUCCCUCCUGACAUCCUUCUACUUCUGCAUCGUCACCUUCUCCACCGUGGGCUACGGCGAUGUCACGCCCAAGAUCUGGCCGUCCCAGCUGCUGGUGGUCAUCAUGAUCUGUGUGGCCCUCGUGGUGCUCCCGCUGCAGUUUGAGGAGCUCGUCUACCUGUGGAUGGAGCGGCAGAAGUCAGGGGGCAACUACAGCCGCCACCGGGCCCAGACGGAGAAGCACGUGAUCCUGUGCGUCAGCUCGCUCAAGAUCGACCUGCUCAUGGACUUCCUCAACGAGUUCUACGCCCACCCCCGGCUCCAGGACUAUUACGUGGUCAUCCUGUGCCCCACCGAGAUGGACGUCCAGGUCCGCAGGGUCUUGCAGAUCCCACUGUGGUCCCAGCGGGUCAUCUACCUCCAGGGCUCAGCGCUCAAGGACCAGGACCUCAUGCGGGCCAAGAUGGACAACGGGGAGGCCUGCUUCAUCCUCAGCAGCCGGAACGAGGUGGAUCGCACGGCGGCAGACCACCAGACCAUCCUGCGUGCCUGGGCAGUGAAGGACUUUGCCCCCAACUGCCCCCUCUACGUCCAGAUCCUCAAGCCCGAGAACAAGUUUCACGUCAAGUUUGCAGACCACGUGGUGUGUGAGGAGGAGUGCAAGUAUGCCAUGCUGGCCCUGAACUGCAUCUGCCCGGCCACGUCCACCCUCAUCACCCUGCUGGUGCACACGUCCCGCGGCCAGGAAGGCCAGGAGUCGCCGGAGCAGUGGCAGCGCAUGUACGGACGCUGCUCGGGCAACGAGGUGUACCACAUCCGCAUGGGCGACAGCAAGUUCUUCCGCGAAUACGAGGGCAAGAGCUUCACCUACGCUGCCUUCCAUGCGCACAAGAAGUACGGCGUGUGCCUCAUCGGGCUGAAGCGGGAGGAGAACAAGAGCAUCCUGCUGAACCCGGGGCCCCGGCACAUCCUGGCUGCCUCCGACACCUGCUUCUACAUCAACAUCACCAAGGAGGAGAACUCGGCCUUCAUCUUCAAGCAGGAGGAGAAGCAGAAGAGGAAGGGCUUCUCGGGGCAGGGCCUAUACGAGGGGUCCUCCCGCCUGCCCGUGCACAGCAUCAUCGCCUCCAUGGGGACAGUGGCCAUGGACCUCCAGAACACAGAGUGCCGGCCGCCACAGAGCAGCAGGGGCAGUGGGGGUGGAAAGCUGGCACUGCCCACAGAGAAUGGCUCGAGUAGCCGGCGGCCCAGCAUCGCACCUGUCCUGGAGCUGGCCGACAGCUCGGCCCUGCUGCCCUGUGACCUGCUGAGUGACCAGUCGGAGGACGAGAUGACGCCGUCAGACGAUGAGGGGCUGUCCGUGGUGGAGUACGUGAAGGGCUACCCCCCCAACUCGCCCUACAUCGGCAGCUCACCCACCCUGUGUCACCUCCUGCCCGUGAAAGCCCCCUUCUGCUGCCUGCGGCUGGACAAGGGCUGCAAGCACAACAGCUACGAGGACGCCAAGGCUUACGGCUUCAAGAACAAGCUCAUCAUCGUCUCGGCGGAGACAGCAGGCAACGGGCUCUACAACUUCAUUGUGCCACUGCGGGCCUACUACCGCUCCCGCAAGGAGCUCAACCCCAUCGUGCUGCUGCUGGACAACAAGCCUGACCACCACUUCCUGGAGGCCAUCUGCUGCUUCCCCAUGGUCUACUACAUGGAGGGCUCCGUGGACAACCUGGACAGCCUGCUGCAGAGCGGCAUCAUCUACGCCGACAACCUGGUGGUGGUGGACAAGGAGAGCACCAUGAGUGCCGAGGAGGACUACAUGGCCGACGCCAAGACCAUCGUCAACGUGCAGACCAUGUUCCGGCUCUUCCCCAGCCUCAGCAUCACCACGGAGCUCACUCACCCGUCCAACAUGCGGUUCAUGCAGUUCCGCGCCAAGGACAGCUACUCUCUGGCUCUUUCUAAAUUGGAAAAGAGGGAGCGGGAGAACGGCUCCAACCUGGCCUUCAUGUUCCGCCUGCCCUUCGCCGCCGGGCGCGUCUUCAGCAUCAGCAUGUUGGACACGUUGCUCUAUCAGUCCUUCGUGAAGGACUACAUGAUCCCCAUCACCAGACUGCUGCUGGGCCUCGACACCACGCCGGGCUCCGGCUACCUGUGUGCAAUGAAAAUCUCCGAGGACGACCUGUGGAUCCGCACGUAUGGCCGCCUCUUCCAGAAGCUGUGCUCCUCCAGUGCUGAGAUCCCCAUCGGCAUCUACAGGACCGAGUGCCACGUCUUCUCCACCUCGGAGCCCCACGACCUCAGAGCCCAGUCGCAGGUCUCGGUGAGCGUGGAGGACUGCGAGGACACGCGGGAAGCCAAGGGGCCCUGGGGCGCGCGGGCGGGCCCCGGCGGAGGUAGCGCGCACGGCCGGCACGGGGGCGGCGGCGACCCGGCCGAGCACCCGCUGCUGCGGCGCAAGAGCCUGCAGUGGGCGCGGAGGCUGAGCCGCAAGAGCCCCAAGCCCGCGGGCAAGGCGGCGGCCGCCGAGUGGAUCAGCCAGCAGCGGCUCAGCCUGUACCGGCGCUCCGAGCGGCAGGAGCUCUCCGAGCUGGUCAAGAACCGCAUGAAGCACCUGGGGCUGCCCACCACCGGCUACGAUGAGAUGAAUGACCACCAGAACACCCUCUCCUACGUUCUCAUCAACCCCCCACCUGACACGAGGCUGGAGCCCAACGACAUCGUGUAUCUCAUCCGCUCCGACCCCCUGGCCCACGUGGCCAGCAGCUCCCAGAGCUGGAAGAACAGCUGCAGCAACAAGCUGGCCUCCUGCAACCCUGAGACCCGAGACGAGACGCAGCUCUGAGCCAGCCCUGCACGGAGCCCCCACCCUGGAGCAGACCUCGUGCCCGCCCCCGCCGGCAUGCGGCGUGAUGCAUGGAGCCUGCAGGGCCCUCACGCCAGCCUGGCCCUCCCUGCAGCGCUGGCCCGGCCCCCCCACCCUGGGCAAAGCUGCUCCCGAAACUUGACAGAGAGAGGAGACCGAGCACCACUGGCAGGAAGCCUUUUUUAACCUGUUUUUUACAAAUCUAUACAAUCUAUGUCUCUUUACACAUAUGUACCGCAACUCGUGACCAGGUCUGGCUGAGGUGGAGGGAGGGCUGCAUGGGGAGGGGACAAGCCCUGGGCCAGAGUCCUGGGCCCCAACAUGCACAUGCACACAGACACACCCAGCUCAUGUGGGGAGUGGGGACACGUGGCAUCUGGCGACUCUUGGAGCCCGUGCUUUCACUGCCAUGCCCUCGUGUCUAACUUGAGUCAGGCCGUGCCCACGGCUCUCGUGGGUCCCAGCUGGCCCUGGGCACACAGCUGUGAGCUGUGAGGGGAACCUAUGCUGGUAAGCUCUCCAGAGCCGCACGGCGGGAGAACACCUUCCGGAAGGCAAGGCAAGGCCACUCGCUGGGGCCGAGGGCUGGAAGUGUGCCUUGGCAGCCCCGGCCUGUGAGGAGGGCAUGAGGCUGCCACAAGACCCCCGGGGGCCCUGUGACAUGUCAGCAUUCUCACAGCCAGUGACCCUGUGGGAAAGAAUCAGAUGUCAUUUCCUCUGUUUUUACACUGAACUUCUGCAGCUGCGGCAUUGGCGGGGCGUCAGGCAGAGGACGGUGCAUUUCCAUGGACCAUUGGACACCCCUUUGACCCCGACCUGAAGCCAGCCCCAAGCUGACGCGCUGGCCCACAUCUCUGGAUCGGAGAUUUGUCUCCUCGGCACAAAAGGGGUUCUGGGAGGCCAGCCAUUCAGACUGCUGCCCUGGUUCCUCUAUGACUGUUUGUGACAGGUUUUGCACGGUCAGCAUUGGGACCUUCUAUUAAAUAGAUGCAUCCUGCAGACACGAGCAUUGGUUAUAAGGCAGCCCCUGUACAGCUUCACACUCCAGGCCUGGGUACACCCCUCCUGUUUGACCCAUUUCAAGGGUUAGAAACACCACCCUCUAACCCCACAUGGGCAAGCCCCUGGUGCGCCGAGAAAAGCCACUGGUUUGGGCACACCUGAUAGCAGGGCCCUCCUGGAAUGGGGAAGCAAGUCCUAGGUGGCCGUCUGGUGAUUGGGUCCUGGUGGCAGGGAAGCAUGGCUGUCGGGGGUCGGGGAGUCCAGGAGGGCUCCCUGGCAAGCUGCCUCAGCCCUGGAGCCCGGACGUGCCCCUGGGGUGGGCAUGGAGACCCCAGGCCCUGCCCAGAGUCAUGCGCACUCGUGUGCGUGCAUGCAACUCCCUGACACCACCAGCUGUCGGGGGCCCUGCAUUAGGGGCAGGGCUGCCCCAGGGGAUGUGUGCACCACGCCAGCACAAAGUCUCUCGGGUUCGUUUUGUGGGGGAGCUCUUGAGUACCCCAAGGCUGGAAGGGGAGGGAUCCAUGCAGCUGCCAGGGCAGGGUGGCAUGGGACGACGGCAGCUGGUAGAGGGGCCUCCCUGAGGGAGGGACAUGACCCAGGGGUCCCCCUCUCCUUCCAGCGCCCUGGCCACAGGUCCAGUUCGUCCCCUGACCUGGCCACCUGGGACCCUCCCACUGAGAAAAAGCGUGUCUACAAGCACUUGGUGUGGGGCGUUGGGGACAGGCUAGCCAUGGUGGUCAGGAAGGGGCUGCUGAUCAAAGUGGGGAAACCCCAGGGCCCUUGGAGUGACAGGCUGUCGACGUGGGCCAGGGUGGCCUCUGGGGACCAGGGCCCGUCCCAGUGGGGUGUCAGUGGCUCCCAGGGUCCUGCCAGUGAGGGCCCCUCCUCUGCCAUCACCCCGCAGCAGGGACAUCUCUCCUCUGCGGGCACCCACACCCCAGCUCCCUGAGGGAGGGGCCCCACCUGCCGCUGGGCCGGGGCUCCAUCUAGGUGGGCUGCAGCCCC